AUAUGCCCAUCUACCUCAUCGUUUGGCCUUAUUAUACAUUUUCAUUUAUUGAUAAGCCCAGCCAAGCGACCCUGAACAGACAUGUAUCCCUUAAGGGACGUAUACGUUGGCUCAUUCAGCAGAAUUGCUCAGCCUCGACUGCUUGCGUCUGAAAUGCGACUACAAUGCGACCGAUACUACCCAAGAGCUCUCAGUAGCUAGACGGGCGCUAAGUAUCACUAGAAUAGGUCUACGAUCGGCGCAUUCCCUACGAGGAGCCAGCUACUCAUCCUACCUACCUAUGCUAGGUACUUACUAUCAACCGCAUUUUGUCACUAAGUUGGUCCUCUUGCUUGUCUCAAGGCAUGCAAUUGUCACCGAAGGCAACGUUUGCAUUGCCUCACGCCCCCGGUUCGCACUACAGGGAUCCCGAGAUACCCCGUCGAUCCGUACGGGUGGGCGGCGCACAGCAUGCAGCGUGUAACCGUAUGCAGACGUCAAUUAUCACUUGAUUGGCCCAAUAAUAGAAUCUGUCUAGGUUCCCGUCCCUCCCAUUCGGCUCUUCUCGUAUUUCAAAGGGACGCCGCAGUUAGUAAAAAAAAGAACGCCCUCCCAUCUUUCCCACACCUCUCCUCCUGCCCUCUCGCAACUUAAUUUUUAUUUCCUCGCCACGAACCCAUGAUAGUCUUCUCGAAUCGCUUUCCUGGCUAAACUAACAUGGCGCCACCGUUACAUCCGCGCGAGGAGAAUGACGCAUUCGAUGCGCACACAGUAGCAACAACAUCAGAAACUAAAGACACUGGCAAUUCAAUGGCGCCUUGGUUGAUAGCCGUGAUCGUCAUCGGAGUGCUCGUUGUAACAUCGCUGAUCGUAUUUCUGACUUUGCACCUAACAAGAAAACGACAACGAAUUCCUCAAGAGGACCAACCAGACCCUCUGGGCAAAGACUUUAAAAAAAGGAAGAUGAGGAUGAGGUCGACGGAUAGGCAAGCAGUGGAGGAGAUCGAGCGAGCUACGAUGAUCCGGAAGUCCCUGGCAAGCCGGACUUCGUCACGGAACUCUCAGGUAUGGGGGUCUACAGAAUAUCAAUUCCAAGAGCUGGACCAGGAAGACCGAGAGCCCGUGGCCCCGAGAGAACCGAGAGAACAAAGCGAAAAUUGGAAGGAAUUCGAGGCAGGUCGAGGACCGGUUCCUGGUGUUCAGGACACGCAGAUGGGAAUCCACCCGGCUCUUCUACCGCAACCCCAAUUAGCUGUUCCGCCAACGUCUCGAACUCCGUCGCCGAGCCGGGGACCGCCACCACCUCGAUUAAUCAUCCCUUCAUAACGAGAGAACGAAUUUUAUUAGGUUAUAUGUUUCCUACGCAGCUUUGGUGCUUUUUUUUUUUUCUUUUUAAUUUUUUGUAGAUGGACCUGGGAAGGUUUAACGGCGCAUAGUAAAGAAUACCCUCGGGGCUAUCGCAUAGGCGUUUUAGGGGCGAGCAUUGAUGGCACUGUCAAAAUCUAGGGUUUCAAUUCGUAAAUUUAUUUCGUAUUGAAUGAACCAUUGCUGUCUGUACCGACGGUAUUAUUGGUGUUGAUUUGAAAACAGCCGCGCUUCUGGUCUUAGGUUUCUGCUAGGGUAGUUGCACUUGUUCCCAUCACGAUGUUAUGAAGCAUUUUCUUAUUGGAGUAGAGCCAUAUCAAUUUUACUACGGCGAUUACAUGUGAUUAGUAUCUAACAUUUUCUGUAUUUAAUAUUCUCGUAUGGCUUUUCCGCACUUACUCAUACGCUUACGAGGGAGAGAUAAGACUCGGAAUACGGUGAAUGCUAAAAUAAAAAGAUUGUUGAAUACGUCCAAUGCGUAGGUGCACAAUGAAAUCUUGUGUUGUUCAAGUUAAACAAUUGCACCAGACACUUAAUAGCUUUUGGUCAUAACAAAGAUCUGUGAACCAUCAAAGAGAUUGUACU